AUGGCCUUCAACGUCUUUGAGAACUUCCAGAAUACCAUCAACGGUAAACAGUCCACCACCGCUGAGAAGCGCCAUGGCAUCAACCCUGCCACCGCGCAGCCCAACCCUGACGUCCCCGUCUCCACCCAGGAGGACGUGAACAACGCCGUCGUCGCCGCCGACGAGGCCUUCAAGUCCUGGUCCGACGUCCCCUUCGCCGAGCGCCAGAAGGCCGUCCUCGCCUACGCCGACGAGGUCGAGAAGCAUGCCGCUGACCUUGCGAAGCUCCUCGUCCAGGAGCAGGGCAAGCCGAUGCACGUCGCAACCCUUGAAACCGGCCUGUCGGUCCAGAUGCUCCGCCAAACCGCCAACAUUGCCGCCGAGAUCAAAGACGAGAUCGUGGAGGACAACGCCGAGCGCAAGAUCAUCGUCCGCCACACCCCCAUCGGUGUCGCCGUCGGCAUCGUCCCCUGGAACUUCCCCGUCUCUCUCACCGUCCAGAAGCUCGCGCCCGCCGUGCUGACUGGUAACACCGUCAUCAUCAAGCCCUCUCCCUUCACGCCCUACACAGGUCUGAAGCUCGUUGAGCUGGCGCAGAACUUCUUCCCGCCCGGUGUUGUGCAGGCGCUGAGCGGCGAUGAUAACCUGGGUCCUUGGCUCACAGCGCACCCGCUUGUUGAGAAGAUCAGUUUCACGGGUUCUUCGGCGACGGGCAAGAAGGUUAUGGAGAGUGCGAGCAAGACCCUGAAGCGGGUUACUCUUGAGCUUGGAGGAAAAGACGCAGCCAUUAUCUGCAAGGACGUUGACAUUGAAGCCACUGCUGCAAAGGUCGCCUCGCUCGGCUUCCUCAACUCGGGCCAAAUCUGCGUCGCCAUCAAGCGCGUGUACGUACACGAAUCCAUCUACGACAAAUUCCGCGACGCCGCAAUCGCCUUCACCAAGACCCUCCAAGUCGGCGAAGGCAACCAAGAAGGCGUCUUCAUGGGCCCCAUCCAAAACUCCAUGCAAUACGAAAAAGUCAAGGGCUUCCUGGCCGACCUCACGCCCGAACAAAUCGCCCUAUCCAACGGCACAUCCCAGCCCUUCGACUCCUCCAAGCCAGGCUACUUCAUCAAACCCACCAUCAUCGACCGCCCCGCCGAUACCUCCCGCAUUGCAACGGAAGAGCCCUUCGGGCCGAUCCUGCCAUUCAUGGCAUGGAGCGAUGAGAAGGACGUGAUUGCGCGCGCGAACAAGACGCGCAUGGGUCUCGGCGCGUCCGUCUGGUCGAAUGACGAGAAGGAGGCAGAGCGCAUUGCGAGUAAACUGCAGGCGGGCAGUGUCUGGGUGAAUACGCAUUUGGAGCUGGACCCCCGCGCGCCCUUUGGUGGACAUAAGGAGAGUGGAAUUGGUUCUGAGCUGGGUAUGGCUGGCUUGAAGGCCUACACUAAUGUCCAGAGUCUGCAUUUCAGGAAAUAG